AUGUCAAAGGUGUCACCAGCUGAAGUAAUUCGCAUUAUAUCUACGCCAUACGAAAAGACGAUGAAUAUCAAAACAGUUGAGAUGCAUACUAAUGGAGACCCUGUACGUCUUGUCACAAGUGGAUGUCCUGAAAUCAAAGGUAAAGACGUCCUCGAAAAGAUGAAGUUCUUUAAAAACAACCUGGAUCACGUACGGCGGUUAUUAAUUCUGGAGCCAAGGGGGCAUGUUGAUAUGUACGGUGCUGUGUUGGUCGAACCCGACCACCCGAAAGCACAUAUUGCCGCUUUCUUCAUACACAGCAGCGGAUACGGCACGAUGUGUGGCCAUGCAACUAUUGCUAUAGCAAGAUAUGCUGUUGAUCACGGCUUUGUUAGUGAUGUCCAGGAACCAGAAACUGCAGUCAAUGUCCAAUGCCCAUGUGGACUGGUGCGAGCUUAUGUUGAAUACAAGAACGGUAAAACUGGAGCAUCUCGAAUACAUACGGUGCCGGCGUUUGUUUUUGCUACAGACGUUGAAAUCGAAGUAGUCGGUUAUGGUAAAUUAAAGGUUGAUAUAAGUUACGGCGGGGCAUUCCACGCCUAUGUAUCGGCUGACGUCUUUGGUUUAGACAUGCGUACUUCCCCUGUCCGUCAUAUCAUCGCAGCCGCUGGUGCACUCAACCGAGCACUGGUAAAGCAGGUAAAAGUGGAACACCCCGACAAUGACGAUUUAUCGUUCAUCUGUGGCACGGUAAUGAGUGACGGAAAAGAUGUGUAUGACGAUGGACCCACGGUUAAUGUUAUGAUAUGCGGCAAUUCUCAGGUGAGUCGAUCGCCAUGUGGGAGUGGUACAACUGGUAGAAUAGCUCUGUUCUAUCACAAGGGUUUACUUGCUGUUGACAAACCCAGAGAAUUUCAAAACCUAAUUGGAUGCAAUUUCAUUGGCAAAGUUGUUCGUUCAACAAAAUGUGGCAAGUUCGAUGCUGUCAUUGUUGAACUGAAGGGGCAUGGUUACUAUAUUGGCAGUGCCAACUUUACAGUAGAAGAAGACGAUCCACUAAAAGAUGGAUUUCUUAUUGACUGA